GCAUUGCAGACAGCGCGUUUGGGAGGUGUAGUGGAAGAAAGGCAAGAGAAACGGAGUAAAUGAGAGCACUUUUGUCCAGAUUGUUGAAGGACUUAUCAACUUAAUAUACCGCCGAAACAGCUCACUAGAAUGAGACGGACACAUUGUUGAAUUCCUGCCCAGAUAACCACAAGCCGUGUGUGUUGGGCUGAGUGAGGACUACUUGAGAAACAAAGUGACUCUCCCUGUGGAAAUCCUGGAUCCUCUAACCUGUCCACCAACAUGACCAACGUGGUGAUUGUCAAGGAAGGAUGGCUGCAUAAAAGAGGAGAAUACAUCAAGACCUGGAGGCCAAGGUAUUUUCUUUUGAAGAGUGAUGGUACAUUCAUUGGCUACAAAGAACGACCACAAGAUGUCGACCAGCUGGAAACCCCCUUAAAUAACUUCUCUGUAGCACAAUGCCAGCUGAUGAAGACGGAACGACCUAAGCCCAACACAUUCAUCAUUCGCUGCCUGCAGUGGACCACUGUCAUCGAGCGCACCUUCCACGUCGAGACCCCCGAGGAGAGGGAAGAAUGGACAAAAGCCAUCCAGGCAGUUGCAGAAGGUCUGCAGAAACAAGAGGAGGAGAUGAUGGACUCCUCUCCAGAUCCCAUGGACAUGGAGGUCUACCUGACCAAACCCAGACACAAAGUGACUAUGCACGACUUUGAAUACCUCAAGCUCCUGGGAAAAGGCACUUUUGGAAAAGUUAUACUCGUAAAGGAGAAGGCCACGGGACGCUACUAUGCCAUGAAGAUCCUAAAAAAGGAGGUGAUCGUAGCAAAAGAUGAAGUGGCGCACACACUCACAGAAAACAGAGUGCUCCAGAAUUCAAAGCAUCCAUUCUUGACAGGACUGAAAUACUCUUUCCAAACACACGACCGCCUUUGCUUUGUCAUGGAAUAUGCAAAUGGUGGUGAGCUUUUCUUCCACCUUUCAAGGGAUCGAGUAUUCUCAGAGGAACGAGCUCGGUUCUACGGUGCAGAGAUUGUGUCGGCGCUUGACUACCUGCAUGCUGAAAGAAAUGUGGUAUAUCGAGAUCUAAAGUUGGAAAAUCUGAUGCUGGAUAAAGAUGGACACAUCAAGAUAACUGAUUUUGGCCUCUGUAAGGAGGGGAUCAAAGAUGGUGCCACCAUGAAAACUUUCUGUGGAACCCCAGAAUACCUGGCACCUGAGGUACUCGAGGACAACGACUAUGGCCGUGCUGUGGACUGGUGGGGUCUUGGCGUAGUGAUGUACGAGAUGAUGUGUGGCAGACUGCCUUUUUACAACCAGGACCACGAGAAGCUGUUUGAGCUCAUCCUCAUGGAAGACAUCCGCUUCCCACGAACACUCGGUCUAGAGGCACGCUCGCUGCUCUCUGGACUUCUCAAGAAGGACCCCAUGCAGAGGUUAGGGGGCGGUCCCGAUGAUGCCAAGGAGAUCAUGCAGCACAAGUUCUUUGCUGGGAUCGAAUGGCAAGACGUUUAUGAAAAAAAGUUGGUCCCACCCUUCAAGCCCCAAGUUACCUCGGAGACAGACACACGAUAUUUUGAUGAGGAGUUCACUGCACAGACCAUCACGAUUACGCCGCCCGGACAAGACGACAGCAUGGAGUCUUUCGACAGCGAGCGGAGGCCCCACUUCCCUCAGUUCUCCUACUCUGCCAGUGGGGUGGCCUGAACCACACUUCCACAUUCCUCUGGUCCUACCAUCAACCCCCACCAAAACCCUCUCCUUCCGCCUGACUGCACCCUCUACAAAGACUGGGGCCUCUGCCUCGUCCUCCCAGCAUUCUCUGCGCAUAGCCAUCGCAGAACAUCACCUCGCCUCAUCUCCCAACUUGUGUUCUCCAGGAAGCAGGAAGGGCAAGAGGACACAAACAGAGCCGUGUUUUUUUUUUUUUUCCUGUGCAAGCAUGCAGUUAGCACUAGUCUUCGUCUCCUGGUUGUCAUGUUGUCUAGCUUGCAGGCAUCCACACACACACACACACACACACACACACACACACGCAAACAAACAAAACACACACACACACACACACACCAUAAGUUUUGAUGCAAAUAUUGAGCCACUGCCGCGAGUUGCAAGAAGGGCUGUUUUUUUUGUUGUUUUUUUAAAUCCUAAUUGAGCAGGAGUCAAUCAUUUCAAGUAGAAAUAAUAAAUAGUACCAUGGACCAAAAAUAUACAAUAGUCUGGUGUGUGUGCGUGUGUGUGCGCGCGUGUGCCUUGGUUGGCUCCUCUCCAAAUCAAAACCAAACCUUUCAAGACAUUUACCUGAGUCUCAAAAGCGAAUGUACCAUUUCAAAUAAAGUCCUCCUUUCCUGCAUGUAACACCUUAGUGAGUGUAAUGAAUCAAUUGUGUGAAAGGCAGAGGAAUGGCAAAGGGUUUGAUUACUGUUAAGGUAAACCUCUUAGAUCUAAGUGUUGGCACACAAAGAUGUUUCUAGUUCUCGUUGCCUUCCUUGCUUUCUCAAUGCUGCGCAGCGAACUGAUCCGAAACGGUCGGGCCCUCGCUGACCCCUCAGAACCUCUUCUCUCCUGUAGUUUGUCUUCUAGUAAAGAGUAUUGGGUGUUUUUCAUCCAGUGCUUCCUCUGCAGCCUCAGUGAGGUCACUUUAACAUGAUACAUUUCUGUAGUAACACAAAGUGGGCUUCAGGGGAAAAUACACCAAGAGUCAUCUUUCAUUUGCGUCUUACAGGGAAUUUGUGUCCCUUCACCAACUUCUUAUUUAUAUGAGACCAGCAUUUAACUUUUAUUAACAAGUUUUAAUGUGCCAAUGAAAUGCACCUUGCUGCCCCAAAAUGAUUGUAUCUGGACUUUGUAUUUUGUGGUUGGUAAAGACUAAAUUGCUAUGUGAUAUUCAAAUGUUGGGGAUAAAUUAAACCCUUUUUAAAACAUGGCUGCGGCUAAACUGGGAUCUUUCAAGUGUGAUGAGAGUUUUCCAAUGUGGUUAAGAUGACAGAUAAUCAUUUUUCAAAAGUGCAUUAUGCCUUAUUGAAUGUAACUGUUUUUAUUCUACAUUUUCAUUUCAAACGUUUUUGUUUGGGGUUUUUUUGUGUGUUUUAAUCUGAUUGUUGCUUAUUCCUAUGCACACCCCCUUUUUGCUGUCACCUUCUGAAAAAUAGGGAAAUUCAUUUAUUUUAUUUUUAUUGCAACUUUUUUUGUACCUGCCCUACCAUAAUAUUCACAAGACUGAGGACACCAGCUUUAGUAAACAAAUAAUAUAAACUUUGUACACUGUUUUUACUUGUUUCUUUCAAACUGAUGGAAUAAAAGGU